AUGUCCUCAACGCGUAGUCAAACAAGCACGUCCGCACAACAUUCUAGCACCAACAAUUCUAACAACAAUAAUCAAAUGAUGAGUAAUAUUUUCGGCGCAAAUGAAUCGCCAUCGCUGGUGGUUGCGUUUCUGGCGAUCGGGCUGUUUAUGGUGGUCAUGGCAGCUUUGUUUGGAUGGAGAAGGAUGCGUAGAGGGAGGCUCGUGGUCCAACCUGCCAGGCCAGUUCGCGUUCGCGGUCGCCCAAGGAAGAAACCGAUCGCGAUAGGAGAGAAACCCACACUUUGGGAUAUGUGGACGAGAAGAAGAGACUCGGAGGUCACGAUCGAUUUAAAAUGGGAAAAUAUAACGCCCUUUUGCGCCACGCGCGUGUUCUGUCGGAAAGAAAAGCCUCGUCGGCCGGUCUUGAUGAAAGCCACCGCUGUCGAGCCUCGAAAUGUGCCCCGUUCAUCGUUUGUGAUGACUCGGAUCUCGGCUUUUAGAGAGCACUUCCGACUGAUUCGGAGUCCUCCACCUCCACCUCCGCCCCCGCCCCCGCCAGAGCCACAAGCGCAUGAACUUGAUGAUAUGUCUGAACGGCCGGAGGGCUCGUUCGUCGUGAUGGCCUUCACGAUUUCCAUGCCGUCGCCUGGUACUAGUACUAAGAAGCGCGAUAACGCCACGAACUCUGAAGUAUCAGACCGGGUGUCUACGCCAGAGCUGCUUCAUGAUACAGAGUUGGGAGAGUAUUGCAUCGGGUCGGUGGAGGUGUCGUGUAGUGAAGAUAGGUGA